AUGAUGUUGACCCGGUCGAUGCAGAGAGAGAACUUGGAGUUCCUGGAUGGGAACACAACGACGAUGGUGACAAUGAGCACGAAGCGGACGAGUCUGGGAUCGAUUGACUAUAUCUGCCGACGAAUCGCGGGAUCACCCCAGAAGCAGGCUGAAUGGAAACUAUGGGCCAAGACUCUUGGUUACAAAGGACGAGGGGUCAUUGGCGGCUACGGAAUAAGAUGGAACAUAGCUUACGACAGCAGGCAGCGCGCAUACGAAGGCCGCCGGGUCAUAAAACAGCUCUUGGAGAACGAGUCUGAGAAGUAUGUCGGGCGUUCGGCCGCUAAACACUUUUUCAACUCAUACGAGUUGUCGUCGAAGGAAUGGGACGAUGUCAACUCCCUCAAUCAGGUAUUAAAGGAGUUUCUUGAGAUGACCAAAAGGUUAGAGGGUGAUGGACCCAAGCUGCCAAUGUUACUGUACGAGUACGCUCGCCUCCUUGCCUCCUUAGAGAAGAAGAAAAUUGCUGCCGAAUCGACUGCGUUGGAACGGAUGUUCGAUCCGAUGAUCACCAUCACCAAGAAAUACCUUGACCUGGCGGUUCACUGCAACACAGUCAUCAUGGCGACAUUUCUGCACCCCGCCUGGAGGAUGAUGCUGUUCACCGACCGGUAUCCCCUUCACCUCCAGCGGAUCAACAAGCUGAUCUUGGAUGUCUUCACCGAUCGCGACGAACUCUUAAAGACCCAGCAACCCAAUGCAUCUCCUCCAAAGUGCACCCAAUCAGAAGCAAAUGCGUCCGGGAUAGACUCCGAUUCUGAUGGGGAUGCAUUCAAUUACUACCCAAUGAACGGUGACACAGUUGAUGUGAGCCUGGGUCUCAAUAGUGACAGCAGGACACAAGGUUUUGGGGGGCACUUUUAUAUGUAUUUCUUAUAA